AUGACGUCUCCUCCGCAGCGGCAGAAGAAGCCGGGGCCAAGCGAGUACAAGGCGAUUGCGGCGCAAUUUGCAGCGGCAAAGCGUGCCAAGGAGAUCAACGAUGCCCUGCGGGCGCAAAAGGAUGUGCGGCCGGAGCAGGCGGCGGCCAGCGCGAUGGAGAAGCACCGGAUAGCCCUCGAGCAGAGGCGCAAGGCGGCAUAUGAGCGGCGCUGGCUCUGGACAGUGGGCUUUUGGCUGUGGCUGCUCGUGAUCCACGCGACGGGCAUCUUGUACUUUACGUCAGGCUUCCUCCUGACGCGGCUCGUGCUGGACGAGAAGUCGAGCUGUGCGGUCAGCCCGCUGCAGGCGACACAGGGCAACACGGCGGCGGUGCCACCAUCAGCGGCCGCCACCGACGGCUGCUGGCAUCCCAAGACGUUUGACCGGGUGGUGAUCAUCCUGAUUGAUGCGCUGCGGUACGACUUCACGGUGCCGGUUAACGAUAGCGCGGUGUUUCACAACGCAUUUCCAUUUCUCUACGAGACGGCGGUGGCUCAACCGUCGAACGCAUUCCUGCGGCCAUUCAUUGCGGAUCCGCCGACGGCGACGCUGCAGCGGCUCAAGGGCCUCACGACCGGCACGCUGCCGACGUUUGUCGACAUCGGGUCGAACUUUGCGGGCACGGCGAUCGAGGAGGACAACCUGCUGGCGCAGCUGCGGACAGUGGACAAGAAGAUUGCGCACCUGGGCGACGACACCUGGACGGCCCUCUUCCCGGGCUACUUCGAGGCCAACAUCAGCCAUGCGUACGACAGUUUCAACGUGCGGGAUCUGCACACGGUGGACAACGGGGUGAUGGAACACAUAUUCCCGCUGCUCGAGGCCGGCUCGCGGCGGUCGAAGAAGACGUCACCGUGGGACCUGCUGAUCGGUCACUGUCUGGGGGUGGACCAUGCCGGUCACCGGUACGGGCCAGCGCACACGGCGAUGCGCGAGAAGCUGCAACAGAUGGACGAGUUUGUGCGGCGAGUGGCGGGAUCGAUUGACGACGACACGCUGCUUGUGGUGAUGGGCGACCAUGGGAUGGACAGCAAGGGUGACCACGGCGGCGAGAGCGACGACGAAGUGGAGGCGGCACUCUGGAUGUACGCACGGCAGCCGGUGUUUGGGCGGACGGAAGCGGCCUUUGUUAUGCCGCCGCUGACGGCCAAGGAGCGGCCGGUCAACCAGAUCGACCUGGUGCCGACGCUGGCGCUCCUGAUGGGCAUCCCGAUCCCGUACAACAACCUGGGCUUCCCGAUCGAAGAGGCGUUUAUCGGUGGUGCGGGCAACGACUGGGCGAAUUUGGCGACAGUGGCCGAGAUCACGGCAGCCGGCAUCCACCGGUACCAGUCGUCGUUGUCGGCGUCCAACAUCCUCACACCUCCGGUGGUCUCGCGUCCGGGCCGUGGCGUGUCGGCUGUGUCGGAGCAGGAGGCAAUGGCAGAGGCGUUCGCGGCACUGUCUGAGUACCAGGUGGCGACGCUGCGGAUAUGCAAGGACCUGUGGGCACGGUUCGACGUCGGCAGCAUGGUGUUUGGAAUUGCGAUCUCGGCGGCAGGCGUAGCGAUACUGCUGCUGUACGCAUCCCGCAGCGUGGAAGAUGGGAACGAGGACGAGGACAUUGCGGUCGUGGAAGACGCGACACUGGACCAGGCCGAGGCGAUGCUGGAAAUGCAAGGCGAGCUGAUACCGGCGACGAGGCGCGGCAGUGGCAAGGAUGCAGCGACGCAGGCAGAGAGGGACGAGGCGAGAGCACUGCAGCAGCAACAGGAGCUGCACCGGUCGCUGGUGCUGGCAGCAGUGAUGGCAGGAGUGCCGACGUUUGCGGCCAGCGCAGCCUUGACGAUCGUGGGGUCGCAGCCGUGGUACAGCGGAGCGGGCUACGCGGCCAUGGCCAGCAUCGGGGCGGUGGCAGCACGACUUCUGGGGGUGGGCAGACGCAGUGUGAGCCGACUGCUGCCGAGCAGCAUCUGGGGAUGGAUGGCAGUAGUGUUUACGGGGGCGCAGUCCGUGGGCUUUGCAUCCAACUCGUACACGGUUUGGGAGGACUCGAUCCUGCUCUUUUUCCUGGCGACAUUCGGACUGGUGGCGGCGUUGCAGGCGACACGGCUGGCGACAAGCGGCGAGCGGGUGCUGGGAGUGUACCACGCGGUGGUGUUUGUGCUGCUGGGACGGGUGGCAUCGCUGUCGAAGCUGUGCCGGGAGGAGCAGAUGCCGUACUGCAGUACGACAUACUACGGGUCGGCAUCGUCGUCGACAUCGGCGCCGUGGCAGCUGGGGAUCUUGUUUGCGGUGUUCCUAGUGCUGCCAUCGGUGGUGCGAUCGUUUUACGAGCCGACGCGGUCAUACGAGGGUCUGGCGCCGGUGUGGAUCGGUGUGGUGUUCCGGGGCGGACUGUUGAUGGCGGCGCUGCACUGGACGCUGGACGGGGUGGAGAGAGGCGGCUGGCUGCGGACGCUGGUGCCAGAGAGCAUGCUGACGGCGACCAUGGCCAAGACGGCGUCGGUAUAUCUGGCACAGACGGUGCUAGGGCUGGCACUGGUUGCGGGCACGGCAGCGUUUGCAUGGGCAGGGCCAUGCAUCUCGGUGACGGCGAUAGCGAGGCCGGGGACCAACCAGGCGCAGGUGGCGGUGCUGGGUUAUGCAAACGCGCACGGAGCGCGCUAUCUGCUGCUGGUGACCAACGUGUUGAUGGCGGCGGUGCAAGUGUCUAUGCCGAUGGGAGGGGGGGCGCUGUCGCUGAUGCUGUGGCAGGUGCUGUCGCUGGUAGAGCUGCUGGAGCUGCUACGGACAGGGGCCAAGCGAGAGGGCGGAGGAGGCGAAGAGACGACGGACGAGACGACGGACGAGGCAGCAGCCAUGGAUCCAAGCGCGGGCUCGACGAUGGGCUCUUCGGUGGCGGUGAUCGGGCCGGUGGUGUUGGCGAUGCUGGCGAAUCUGCACUACUUUGCGACGGGUCACCAGGCGACGUUGAGCAGCAUCCAGUGGGACAGCGCAUUUGUGGCGCUGACAACGCUUCGCUAUCCCUGGUCGCCGCUUCUGGUGGUGGCCAACACGGCAGCGGCGCAUCUGCUGGCUGUCGCGGCCGUGCCGUUGCUGGUUCUGUGGAAGACGAGUCCGCGGCGCCGUGGCGGGCUGCUGUCGCCGACCAGCCGGGCGCUCGCCGGGUUUGCGGCCUACUUUGCCGUCGAGGCGCUCGCCACAAUGGUCUGGGCUGCCCAUCUGCGACGGCAUCUCAUGCUGUAUCGCGUGUUUAGCCCGCGGUUCAUGCUGGCGGCCGGCCUGCUGCUGCUGGUGGACGUGGCCGGGCUGGUGCUGGCACUGCCGGGACUGCGGUCGAACACGAUGGCCGUCAGCGAUGUCUUCGGCUGGCUGGAUGAGUAUUAG